CCAUUGGGCGGAGUGAAGCGGCUCCGUGUGGCGUCGUGGUCUCGCAGCCACCGCCGCACGAGGGGGUCCCGGACUACACGGGGGUCUGUGACCCCGCCGCGAAGGGGCGCUCCCGGUGCCCUCCAACCGGCCCGACGUUGAGCGCGAUUGCCUCGCUCCCUCCCAAGCUCCGCUCGCUCGGACGAGGUCCCCCGGAAGAGGGGAACACGCUGCGAGAGGCGGAACCCGCGGCAUGGGGGCCCUGCGAGGCGGGGCCCCGCUGCCUUAGCGGAGGGGAUGGCGGCGGCGCGGGAGCGGGGCCCGGGCAGGGGAGAGGGGGGCGAGAGGAUUGAGGGGACUGACCGCGACCCCAGAGCCUCGCACUACCCUGACCCCUUAAUUCAACAUCAGCCUGACCCCAUCACCCAGCCUCACCCUGAUCCCAUCACCCGGCAUAAUCAUGACCUCAUUACCCGCCCCAUCACCCACCCUGACCCCAUAACCCACCCCAUCACCCAGCAUGACCGGCGUGGAGGAGACGCGAUAUCUCCUGGACUGGUCCAGUGCCGAUCUGCGAGGGCACCCGAGUUGGGGGCCACUCUCCCUGGGGAGGCCGGGGCCCCUCGGCCCGGGCCCCCACGAAUCCCCCAGCUGAUCGUGACGGAGGUGGAGGAGGGUGGGGGGCCCGCGGCCCCCUCGCCGCUCGCCCGCUCCCUCUCCAACUCGUCCACGUCGUCGGCGGGGGGGGGCUUCUCCUCGUCCAUGGAGGAGUCCGAGGAGGACUUGUUCCUUAACGACCCCCCCGAGUGGCGGGGAGCAGACGCCUCGAGCCACCUCCACUUCCCGCUCAGCGCCAAUGGGAGCCGCAAGGGCGAGUCGUGGCGAAAGGUGAAAGGGGUCUUCCAGUGGUCACCGGCAAGGGUGGCCCCGUGCAAUCAGGGGCCCUGGGUGCAGCUCGCGGGACACAAUGGCAGCUUCGUGGCGGGCGAGGAGGGCCGCGUGCUCAAGAGGCUGAGCGAGUGCGAGCGGCGCUGCCUCGACGCGCUCAUGGCCGACCCCCUCGGCCCGUACGUACCGGCCUUCUACGGCGUGCUGGAGCUCCACGGGGAGCGCUACAACCACAUGGAGGACCUGCUCCACGGCUUCUCCGCGCCCGCAGUCAUGGACUGCAAAAUGGGGAUCAGAACCUACCUGGAAGAGGAGCUGACCAAAGCGCGGGAAAAGCCGCGGCUGCGGCGCGACAUGUACCAGAAGAUGGUGACCAUCGACCCGGACGCGCCCACCCCGACGGAGCAUGCGGCCGGCGCCGUCACCAAGCCGCGCUACAUGCAGUGGCGCGAGACCAUCAGCUCCUCCGCCAGCCUGGGCUUUCGCAUCGAGGGGGUCAAGAAGGAAGACGGAUCGGUGUGCAGAGACUUCAAAAAAACUAAAACCAUUCCUGAGAUUGUGAAAGUGUUUGAAGAUUUUGUCAACAAAGACGACGAUAUAUGGGCAGGCUACCUGCAGCAGCUGGAGGAGCUGAGGUCCGUUCUGGAGGCAUCACCGUUCUUCCUCUCCCACGAGGUCAUCGGCAGCUCGCUGCUGUUCAUGCACGACGCGAGCGGGCGAGCGCGGGUGAGGAUGAUCGACUUUGGCAAGACGAGCGCGCUGCCGGAAGGCCGCCGCCUCAGCCACCGGCGGCGCUGGGAGGAGGGCAACCGCGAGGACGGCUACCUGUGGGGGUUCGACAAGCUGGUGGAGCUGGUGCGGGGAAUGCUGACCAAGCACUGGCCUGAGCCUCCCUCCCCACCGCCGUCGCCGCCGCCGCCACUCCUCCAGAGCCCCGACGAGCCCCCCUCCGCCCCUUGCGUGGUGUCAGAAGCCAUCUCGCAAAAAGGUGGUUCGCUGACAUAGGCUGCUAAUGGAUAUAUAUACUAUGGGUGAAAAAGGGUUAAUUUUAUACAAAUGGGAAGGGUUUAAAUAUUUUAUGUAUAUAAAUAUAUGCACCGUUUGUAAAUUCCAGACUGGCUAAUUUUUUUGAAGUUGUACACACUCAUAAACUUGAAACAUUUUAAAAUUUUGUUAACAUUUAAGGUGACCCAAGCAUUCCUGUAAUUUAUUUGCAGUGUAAUUGGUUUGUAUGAAGUAGUGCGCUCAGUUGGCCUGGGCACGUGAAAUUGAAGUGCCUUUGGCUGGGCACCGGGCCAAGUCGGUCCCCACUAGUUGUGCGUGUUUAGUUCCUUUACCACAUCAACAAGCAAGAUGCAACAUCGAUCACUGGACUUUUGGAAGCCAUAUGUUUACUCGGGCGUGUGUUGGAACGGCUCAAAGAUUAACACUAAGGCAGGUUACCAGUUUUUUUAAAAAAAAGUUUCAUUACCAAAACUUUUAUCAUCGUUUUAAUGUUUGUGAUCAUUUAUUGGAUGUUUGUUACUUUCCUUCGCGCGCCAACGUAUGCAAUGUGCCUAAAACUGUGGGCACCAGAUCUGUGUACAGCAGAGGUUGGAGGAAGGCUCCUUUGCCGGCGUUUUAUGGAUUACAUUUUUUUUUACACAUUACCUAUUACAUUGGAAGCAUAAACGUAUUUUAUAAACUGUGCAGUUCCGGUAAUGCUGAUACUGUACACGUGUAAGUGGGUGAUGCCUUGGAGCGGUGGCUCCCUCUAAUGUGUGUGCUUAUUCGCAAGGUAGUGGGGAAGUGGUCUUCGGAAUUGUUGCAGAUAGUGUGCAGUUUUUUGUUCUCACAAAAACCUCAUAUUUCACCCUCCAUUGCACAACUAUUUACGUUGCGCUCGUGAGCCGUCAACACAGCUGGCGAAUGGCUCAACCUGAUCGCCGGAAUUUACUGACAUCGUGCAAUGUGUCAUCGAUGAAUGCACGGCGGUCCUCAGCACCACAAAGGUUUGGAGGGGGGGGGCGGAGAGCCGCUGCCUUCGACUUAAGUUUUUGCCGUCGAUCAGAAUGGGGGUUAGGAAUGCGCGACUGUGCGGAAGACUUAACUCUGCCUUAGCUAUGGCGCCCUUCAAUGUGAACCAUUGGCGUUUGUGGCCCAUCGAUGGCGCUGGGCUGAGGAGACCGGCUCAAGGGGAAGAGAUUGCAGCCAAACACUCUGUGCUUCCAGCUGCCGCUCGAAUGCAACUGCGCAAGGGGGAGCAAAAACCCUGGCACUGCGUGGCAUCUUUAAAGAGGUUUAUCAGGGGCGGUGGGGGGGGGUUCGUGAAAUUCUGUUGACAAUUGCAACAUUUCUGAUAAUGCACUGCUGCAGUGACGUCGUGGCCUUUUUUGACGGGUGCUUUGCCAAGACGUUGCCGUGCGGAGAUGUCCUGGCUGGGAGUGGUGUUGGUGUACACGAGUGCGUAAUUUACCUUACGGGAGGUGGGCUUGGUCAAUAAACCCGAUGGAUACGUGUACGUCUAAAACCAACAUUCAGAGAGAAAGGGGCCCAUCUACGCAUUGUAAAAAACACUUAUUAUUGGUGUUAAAGGAUCGCACGCUUGUGUGCGAGUGGCUGUUUGCUACAAAUCAUUACUAGGUGUGCUUAUUUUAAGAAAUAUAUAUUUUUUGCUGGUGGAAUCCGUGUUUUGGAGUUUGUUCGAUCAACAAAAAAACCUUCAUCACUUGCCCACUUGCUGUGCGUAUACCUACUAUAUACAGGGUGAUCAAUUUAUACAGUAAAUCCCCGUUGAACGCGUG